AUGUCCCCGACCAUCUCCUUCCGCAGCGCCGUGCUGCUUGCUGCUGCUACAGUGUCUGCUGGUUUCGUCGGCGCUGAGAGCUCCACGCCGACCACCAAGACCACGACCGUUACCGUCCCGGCCAAAUCUUUCACGUCCUUUGUCGAGGUUACUCCGAAAAUUGUGGACGUUAUGACGGUGGCGCUCUCGACUGUGACGGUGUUUAGAAACGAGCCUGUUGAGUCCAGUUCUGCCGACACUACUGUCACAUACACCGCCGACACCACAGGCGGUAACUCUUCCAGCACUUUCUCUACUGCGCUUGUGACGAACGUGAGCCUUGGCACCAACUCGACAAGUGCCUGGUCGUCUACCAGCCCUAACAAUUUGACUUGGACCACGUCUUCGGGGUCGACCCCAAGCACAACCGAUACAACAAGUGUCCCAUCUCCAGACUCCACCUCUGAAGCAACGGCCACCAGCUCAAAGAACGCGGCAGCUAUUGAAACGGGCUCAGCAUUCAGUCGGAGUGCCAAGGCAAUUGCUGUCGGUUUCCUUCUCGCUCUUGCUCUUUGA